AUGGUUUCGCUUGACGCCUCACGCUCCACGCGCGACUCCUCACCCGAAUCCACGGCCUCAACUCUGUCUUGCAUUACAGUCAUGGACCGAUCAAGCACUGCGCGCAACUCCAUCGCCGCGUCAGACACGCCGCCUACCAGUGUUGGAGAAACGUCCACUGAAGCUCCCGACGCGUCAAAGACUGACAGCAAAGUGGAGCGCCGCCGCAGCGGGCGCGUACGCCAAAGCAUCGCCACCUACAAUGACACAAUCCUCGCUGGUACCGCAAUACACACCCCACGAAAGUACCUGGAAGCCGAAGCUGUAAAGCACCGGACGGUGUCCGGUGACACCCUGGUCAGCCACAUCGAUGGGCCAGCCCAGAGGCUCUUAGAUGAGGCGACCGAGAAGCUGGACCCAGCCUGGGACAUGAAUGAAGUACCAGGAGAUGCGACAACGGCAGAGGCGAGCACGGUCAGGCGCAGGGAAUCGACGCGUCGGAGCAAGCUCAAGGAUGCGGCAAGUGCUAUAGUCUCUGCCCCGUCGGCAUUGCGCAAGCGGACACGGGAAGCGAUGGAGAGUGGGAAACAGAAGAUGACUGCCCUUGGAGGCGAUCGCGGGAAGGCCUUGCGGCAGACUGAGGAAGAGGAGGACAACAUGGAGGCGGAUGAGCAUGUCCCGAAGCGGAAGCGUGUUUCGAAAUCACCCGGUGCGGCUGCUGCUCUGGCGCAGCCCAAACCCAUCGCUGAGGCUUGCUUUAAGAAGAAGACGUGGCAGAAUCAUGGGAUGUACAUCGGGCAAUCACGAGGCUUCAAGGCAAACCACACGGAGGCUCAGAACAAGCAGGAGCAAAUAUCGGCCGGCAUAAUAGCAACGACCGCCCAAAAGCGCGAGAACUGGGCGCUGCCGCUUCCGCUGUUUACGUGGGAGAAGCACCUGAUGGAUGACCCAACUGACGAGUGGUUCGACUUCGAACUUCCAUACGAAGUGUACAACACCCAAGGACGCAAGAUCAAGCCUCAUGAUUGGCAUCGCAUCUCCAAGAACCGUUAUGUCGGCGAUGCCGCUCGUAUAAAACCUAACCCGAACCUCUCUGUCUGUGAGUGUGACAAGUGGGGAACUGUGUGCGAUGAGAAUUGUCACAACCGUGUUAUGCGCUACGAGUGCGACGAUAGCAACUGCAAGGUCACGGCCGAGCGUUGCACAAACCGCCAGUUUGCUGAACUGAAAAGAAGAACAGAGAAGAAAGAGAACAAGAGGGAGCCAAAUGCGUAUGACGUGGGUGUUGAGGUGAUGCCAACUAGAGAUCGUGGAUUUGGUGUUCGUGCUGCCCGCACAUUCGACCCUGGCCAGAUCAUCGUGGAGUAUACCGGCGAGGUCAUCGAUCAGAAUGAGUGUGACAGGAGAAUGAGAGAGGAGUAUGCCAAUAACCAGUGCUUCUACAUUAUGCGAUUUGAGAACAAGCUAUUCAUCGAUGCGACCAAGGGCUCGAUCGGCCGCUUCGUCAAUCACUCUUGCGCGCCAAACUGCGAGAUGAGCACGAUGACGGUCAAUGGUGAGCCACGAAUGGCAUUGUUUGCAGGACCAAACGGUAUCGGAACCGGCGAAGAGCUGACGUACGACUAUAAUUUCGAGUAUGUUUCUGUUCAUUCCGUCUCUCGCGUCGUUUCAGGACUCUCUAACAGAUCGUACAGAGACUUCGGCGAUGCGAAGACCAAGUGCCUCUGCGGCGCCCCAACCUGCCGCGGCACACUCGGAAAGAAAGAGAGCCUCGCCGCCGGCGUCAAGCGUAAAGCGCAGAAUCUCCUAGAUGCCAUCCUCCCCAAGCCGGACGAAGACCGCAGCUCCAAGCGCCGGAAGGUAGCCAACGCCGUCCGCUCCCAAAUCGCCAGAACCACGCACGCGGUCAACACCGUCGCAGCCAGCGCGACCCAGGCCAUCGAGCAGAGCCGCAGCCGGGAAGAGCGUCUAGCGCGUCGGCACUCCUCAGGCGACGCUCUCGUCCGCCAACCCGGCAAACUUAAGAAAGUCUCAGCGAACGCCUGCCAGGAUGCACCAUCCUCAUCCAGCAGCCCUCCCCCUCCACCGUCUCCUCCACGGCAAGCACACUCCAAGCGCGAGCGCCUCGCCACAGUCCUCAAGUCCUCCACCCGCACCCUCAAGUCAACUACCCAGUCACAGCUAACGCGCUACUUCGCGACCUCCUCGACCCAAGUAACCGCCGCAGCAGCGCCCGCGCCGCAAAUCCCGGAGCUGGACUUCGGCGACUACGAGGAGCUGGCGCCGCAGGGUAAGAGCGGUGGCCGUCUGAGGCCCACGACGAUGAGGCCGGGGCUGCAGAGGCCGCAAACAUCGGCGAGCAUGAAGAGCGUUGCGGCUACGGUGAGAAGCGGAGUUGUGAGGAGCGUGAGGGGCCCGAGAAAGGCGGCGGCUAUAGUUAGGUAUGGGUUGCAGGAUGGAGCGGGGAGUGGGGAGACGAUUAGGAGGGUUUUGGUGGAUGAUGAGUAG